CUCGCCCCGGAACCAGCACCUGAAGGCGGGUUGCCGUGAGCGGCUCCAUUAGUCCCCGAGGCGGGAGGGGCCAGCCCUCAGCCGGCUGUACAGGAAGAGGCGGCGGGAAGUGGCCGCGGCUCCAGGACCCGCUGACCGGACGGGCCUCCGUCGCCGCCGUCGUGACAGUUCUGGUACAGUAGAUCUUUCCAUGUGGAGGUGAAGUCAACAGCCCCUUUGCUACUCUGGUUUUAAAGUCAAGGAAGAUGAAGAAGAGAAGGCAUUUGGAUUUGGCAGUUAAGAAGUCAUUGGUGGUGAUCCUUAUCUCUAUUUCCAGAAUGAUGAAUUGUUCCUUAAGUAAUCAAAAUAGCGAUUUUCAUCUUAAAUAGAGUAAUUGCUUUACAUAAGAAACAUGGUGACACUAAUUCGUGCACUAGCAGAUCAUGGUGAUGAUGUCAACUACUGUGCCUUUUCUUCUUCUCUUUUGGCUACUUGCUCCUUGGACAAGACAAUUCGUCUCUAUUCAUUAAAUGACUUUAAUGAACUCCCAUAUUCUCCACUAAAGUGUCACACAUAUGCUGUCCACUGCUGCUGUUUUUCACCCUCAGGACAUGUUUUAGCUUCCUGUUCAACAGAUGGUACAACUGUCUUAUGGAAUACUCAAACUGGACACAUUUUGGCAAUGUUGAAUCAACCCAGUGGCAGUCCUGUAAGGGUAUGCAGAUUUUCUCCAGAUUCUACAUAUUUAGUAUCAGGAGCAGCUGAUGGCACUGUGGUCUCAUGGAAUAUGCAGACAUACAAGUUGUUUAGGUGUGGUAGUGUUAAAGAUGGUUCCUUGGUGGCCUGUGCAUUUUCUCCUAAUGGAAGCAUCUUUGUCACAGGAUCGUCAUGUGGAGACUUAACAGUCUGGGAUGAUAAAAUGAGGUGCUUACAUAGUGAAAAAGCACACGAUCUUGGAAUCACUUGCUGUGAUUUUUCUUCACAGCCAAUUUCUGAUGGUGAGCAUGGCCCCCAGUUUUUCCGAAUGGCAUCGUGUGGUCAAGAUUGCCAGAUCAAACUUUGGGUUACUACAUUUACAGAUUUCUUAGGUUUUGAAUUGAAGUAUAAAUGUACACUGAGUGGACACUCUGCUCCAGUUCUGUCUUGUGCUUUUUCUUAUGAUGGUCAGAUGUUAGUUUCAGGAUCUGUGGACAAAUCUGUGAUUGUAUAUGAACCUAAUACUGGGAGCAUACUUCACACUUUGACUCAUCAUACCAGGUAUGUUACAAGCUGUGCCUUUGCACCCAAUAGUCUUUUACUUGCUACUGGGUCAAUGGACAAAACAGUGAACAUCUGGCAAUUUGAGCUGAAAGCACAUUGUCAAGCAGGUAGGCCAGAAGAUGAACCAAAGCAAUUUAUUGAAGAUUGGUCAGAGGAAGAAGUUUCAUUAUGGCUUUGUGCACAAGGUUUAAAAGACCUUGUUAAUAUUUUCAAGAUGAACAACAUUGAUGGCAAAGAACUGUUGAAUCUUACGAAACAAAGUCUGACUGAUGACUUAAAAAUUGAAUCUCUUGGUCUGCGGAGUAAAAUAUUGAGGAAAAUCGAAGAGCUGAAAGUAAAGGUGGAAGCCCUUUCUUCUGGAAUCCCAGAUGAAUUCCUAUGUCCAAUAACUAGGGAAGUAAUGAAAGAGCCUGUCAUUGCAUCAGAUGGAUAUUCCUAUGAAAAGGAAGCAAUAGAAAACUGGAUCAGCAAAAAGAAGCGUACAAGUCCAAUGACUAAUCUGAUUCUUCCUUCACUCAUACUGACACCAAAUAGGACUCUGAAAAUGGCCAUCGAUCGCUGGCUAGAGACUCAUCAGAAAUGAAACUGUUUAGAUAUCCUUACUUAGAUAAUUACUAACUCCAAUGAGGUAAAUUUCUAGCGGCUUUAAAGGAAAACAUAUAUGAACUCAAAAAGUUAUAUCCAAACAGAAGGUAAGGUAAAUUUUGUUUAACUAAAGUUUCUAUAUUUUGUCUUUAAAACAUAUUGUGAAUUAAAUUCUGUAUCUAACCUUAUUUAUGAUGUCAUUUUUAUACAAAUACAAAGCAGUCAAAUGAAUAUAUACAACAGAAAGGUUUCUUUUGACAUUAGGUAACAAUGUCUUUUAAUAUUAAAUAUCUCAACAACAAUUAUUAUAGCCAAACUGGCUCCUUAGUAGGUAUUUGUAUCAAAUAUUCUUACAACAAAUACCACUCUAAAGAAAUCUUCAUUGUAGCACUGGUGGCCCAUUUUGAGCAGAAUUUUAACAUAUAUUCAUUUGAACUGCCCUUUCCGAUAAAAAACAUAUUAAUACUCUAAAUUAAAUGUCAGACCAUCCUUUGUGAAUGUGUUUGUGUGUGUGUAUGUCUGUGUGUACACAAUUUUACAAAAUCUCAGGUUUGAAAGGGACUUCAGAGGUAGGCCCACACCUUACCUGAGUAAGAAUUUAGGGAGGUUCUAUCAGUUCUGAUAAAUUUAGCAAGUAAUUAUAUUAAAAUCUGUGGUUUGUUACUGAAAAUAUAGGAAACAGUUGGGGAAGAGCUAAUUAUCAAGUUUCUACAAAAAUCAAGUCAGAUUGAAAAAGCUAUUCAGGCACAGUUUGGAGGGAAGUACAAAGCAUGUCACAAUGCCUUUCUGCUAGAGUUUACAAGGACAUUAUAGUAUUUAAAACUGAUAUUUUAUCCUCUUUUUUCCCACAAAUUGCUAUUGACUCCAAGCUUGUGGGCAAAGAACUUUUCUAUGUGACAGUCUGAUAAUUUGGUCUCUUCCCUUAGAGAAGACUUGCCCCCGUAGGGAAUUUUAGGUUCAAAGAAGUUAGAUUUGGGUGCAAGGUUUUUUUAAUUCUAAAAGAACUUUAUGAUAUCUUGGUUAAUUUGAGUGGCUUUCACAUUUCCAAUGAGAUUUAGUGUUUAGUGGCCACCACUGACUCUGCUAGCAAUAUGCUAUAUAAGUAAAUAGAUGAUAUAACAUAAAGAGCACCAGGACCUGGGAGUCAGAAGAUAUCAUUCUAGUUCUGGAUUCAGCAUUUACCAGCUGCAAGAUUGUAGGGAAAUCAUAAUCUCUCUAGGUCAGUUUUCCUCAUCUGUAAAAUGAGAACAGCAGCAUGGAAAUAAACAUCCAACUUACAGGACUAUGAUGAGGAAGGUUUUAUGUCAGUGUACCAAAAGAAAAAGGAACACUACAUUCCUCUGAAUGUAUCCAUCCUCUAUGUGAAAUAAGCUUCAUUUCAAAAAGAAGGAACAAAUUAAGACCUACCAUUAUUCUUAGAUCAGAAAGCCUUUGUUCUACAUCUAAAUUAUGAGCUAACAAAAAACAUUUAAACAAUCAAAGAUAUCCAUCUACAGAAAGAAAAACCUAGGGAAAGCAAAUCUUCUUACAGAAGUCUUCUUGCUUAAAUUAUAGAAAGCAGAUCACCUAUAAAAUGAUUAUAAAAAUAUCAUAGCUCCUAUUUUGUGAAUUUAGUGGGAAAAAAAUUCCUAUUCAGAAAUAAAAUCUCAUUUACAACAUAUUAAAUUCACAUAUGAUAAUUACAUACUGCUACUUUUGCAUUCCAGCAUUUUACUAAAACAAUUCUUCUCAGUUCCUGUUUAAUAUCACUAGAUAUGGAUCACACUUCUUUCAAAAGAAAUUAUAAGGUAUUGUUCACUACCUGAAGAAUCAACCAUUAAUGCAAAAGUAUUUCUAUGGCACCUGUAGUGUUUUGUUUUUUUUUAAGACACUGGAUUUGCUUUAAGCAAGAGAAUGUCACAAUUUAAAAUCUGGAAUAGGAAUAAAUAAAUGCUAUUUUAAGUGA